GAAAGAUUAUAAAUGAUUCCAACUCUGAUUACCAUAGAAAGGCUGCAGACUCAUUAAUUAUACCUUUCCAUAAAGGAUUUCUUUCUUGAAAUGACAUAAAAGCCAGCAAAGGUUCUGGUGGUAUUUAGGCAUUACUUUGGUAAGAACAACAUUAUUAUUCUAGGUCAACCUUUGUUUGAAUUUUGCAUUGGCAGUGGAUAUAUGUUGGCCUGGAGUGGACUGGAGUAAGAGAAGUCAAAAACCUGUCCUGUGGGGGCCCCUUGAUUUUUCCUGUGCUGGUUGGUGGUAGAGGGAGGUGCUUACUGCUUACCAAGUGAAAUCCAGUCCUAUCUGAGAAUCAGGUUCCUGAUCCUCUCGGUUAUCUCUCCUAGCUAAGGCACUGCUGAUUAUUUACCAUUUGCUGAACAUGAUGGUUCCUCCGUCUUCAUUUGUUUCACAAGAGGAAUUCAACAUGUUUCACAGAAUUGAUCGAGAGUUGUACACUCUGCUUGUUAUCAACCUAUGGCGGGACCCUGUUGAGUCUAUGCAGGUAAUAGCCCUAUGGCUCUGGCUGGAGAGGGUAGGUUUCAGAAAUGUUGUACAGAAGACAUUGUCGUUGCCUUAUGUAUUGCUAAAUGAACUUGCAGAUGAGGCUGUCACAUGCCUCAACAUCAUUAACAAUGACCAAUUAGCUUCCUCGUCCGAAGGCAAUGACAAUGCUUUGAUGCAAAGCCUGAUUGAGAGGGAUCUGUCUCUCCAAUUCUUUUAUGAAAAUCGGCUGAUUGCAACUCAAGGUAUUGCAAGAAUUGUGAAUGAAGUAUGCAUGAGAGCUUUAAGGGACAUUAUGCUACAUGCCAUUGAAAGAAAUGCAGCCCAAAGCUUGGCUGAUAGCAGUCAGGUAAUGUCACAUUCUUUACAGCAACCUAUGGUUAAUCGCGGAUUACCUGAGAUUGGAUUUGGUCUUGGUGAUUUGGGUCUGCCUUGGACCCGAGAAAAUGAGGUACCACCAGACGAUCGGACCAUGUUUGUCACAUUCUCUAAGGGCUACCCCGUUUAUGAAUGGGAAGUCAUGGAGUUCUUCACCAGGGCUUAUGGGGAUUGUAUAGAGUCCUUGCACAUGCAAGAAGUGCUGCCUAACGAGCAAUCGCUCUUUGCUCGUAUCGUUUUUCACUCUGCAUCAUCCAUUGAAAUGAUCCUUAAUGGUAUGGGCAAAGCAAAGUUUACCAUCAAUGGGAAGCAUGUGUGGGCUCGAAAGUUUGUGCCAAAACGUCUCAAGCUUUCAUUGCCAGCAGCCCCACAGAUGGAUUUGCCAGUUUCAUUUGGGUUAUGAUCAUAAUUUCUCUAUGUAAGAGGGAUUCAAUCAUCUUUUCUCAAAUCUAGGGGAAUUCAAUAGCAUGGAGAAUGAAGUUAUG